AUGAACAGUUAUAACGGAAAAGCCAAAGAGUCACCGCCAAAGUGGCAGUCCAGGAUCUCCGCCAAAGUGGCAGUCGAGACCUGGCUUGAGCAAAGUUUACAUCCCAGAGACUCGCCGCCAAAGUGGCAGUCGCAAAGUACUCUGUCAUUUUCCACCUUUCGAGUACCCGCCGCCAAAGUGGCAGUCGCAAA